AUGGUAACUUCAUCAAUAAAUUGGACCGUUGGAAACCCUCCCUCCACGUUAAAGGCUAUCCCCCAUUAAAUCCCUCUUCUAAUUCUUCAAGCUUACACUCUCUCAUUCAAACUCAUCUCACUUCUGUACUUUCUUCACUCACCAUUCCUGUUCUUUUCUUUUCUGGGUUUCGUUUCCUCUGCCAUUCACUGUAGCCUACGAUGGAGAAUCUGCAAGAAACGCCUAAGGAGGAGCCUAUGCAAUCCGAAGCCACCAUAUCUGAGUGCUGCAAAACACCACCUCAUGAUCAUAAAAUUGAUUCCAAUUCUUUAAAUUCGAUCAAUGAUUUGCGCAAAAGUAGCACCCCAGAUAGACUCAAAGUUCCUAAAGCAUUUAAGUACCCUGAAAGGUAUAGAAGCCCAACUGAUCUUAUGGUGUCACCAAUUACAAAAGGCCUUCUUGCAAGAAACAGAAAGGGUGGUGGUGGUGGUGGGUUGUUGCCCCCUAGCAUGAAUCAGCCUAGGGUUCAAGAAAUAUCUCAGGAUGUGGUCUCUUUCAAGAUUGAGAUAUAACAUGACAUUGAUUCACAAAGCUGAAUGAUCAGAUGGAUUCUUGAACUUGAUGAAUUUAUCUGUAGAGUUAGUCCUGUUGUUUCUAUUAAAUAAUUGCAGCAUUUUUUUGUUUAUGGAAUGUAUUCAUAUAGCUAAAUCUUCUUCUUGUCUUCAUUUCUUUCUUUUAGCGAUUUUGUUGUAUCAGACAAAAAUUAUACAUGGAUCUUGUAUUUCACAUUGAGAAAAGAACAAAGUUUUGAAUAAA